GCGCGAUUCCGAGUUGAUUAUUACGCACCGAAAUGUAGGUGCUUGGUGUCCACCAUUACUCUACGGAACCCGAUUCCCUACUGUAUAUCCAACCGCAUAUUGUGUGGUCUGACUCAUCACAACCGUCGGAUGUUGAAAUGUGAUCUGAAGAUUUGUUGAGAAAAAUAAAUCCACGAAGUUGCGACCGUUGGAUAUGUGAUCCGAUGGUGGAGACGGGUCAGAUAGGUGUUUGCCUUUAGUGCUGUUUUAAGAACAAAUAGAGUAUUGUUAUGUAUUUCACGUCAUUCCUCUCUACACAAUUUAUAUAAAUGAGGUACCCAAAUUAUUUUAGUACCCUUUGCGCCCCGUAUAAAAGUCUUUCCAUUUUUACCAUUUUUUUACCCUCCUUCCAAAAAUAUCUCAAUCUCACAUUAUCUCCUCUACUCACUCUCACGUUUACGCCAAAAUUUGGAGCCCCUUCGACGCAGCUACAGUGCACGACACCACUCAUCUGCUUCCUUCCUUCAUCUUCUUUAAUGGACCUCAUGGGGGAUGAUAUAUUUGAUUUUAGUGAUGAGUUGCUUUUGGAUGGCUUGACAUGGAGAGACCAUGGUGACAAGGUUGAUGAUGAAGGUGAUGGUGGUGACAGAGGUAAUACGCCAUUCGGGGAAGAGGAGGACGAAGGUUUGAACGUUGAAGUAUUGAAAGACUUGAGAUGGUCUUUUUUCCUCAUUUGUUGGUAUUUUUUCGUCCAAACUCCACAUGGAAAAGGGUUAUCGAUCUGUCAUUUUGGGUUCCGACUUCCGCUAUCGUCCUUGAUGAAGAGUGGCUGUUGUGGGUGGUUCACGGUCGUGCAAGAGGAAUUAAUUAGUGUCCAAGGUUCACGGCUCUUCUGCGACUGUCCCGAUCGGCGAACGAUUGCAGGCGAAGCGAAGGUUGUUGUGUCUUAUGACUUGGUUUGUUCGUUUCAGCAGCAAGGGAUUCAAUGGAAGAUAUUGUCAAUCAAUACAAAAGAAUGGCUAUUGGAGGGGAUGGCGAGGAACUGAACUUCGAAGAUGACGAGGUUGGCAAUGUUGUGGUGGAUGAGAGGCGGGCGAGUUUUCCGGUGGUAGACAUCCUUCUCACAGAUCGGAAGAUAAAAUUCCAGAACUUCAAGGACCUUACGUCUUCUUUGUGGCAGCCAGGCAAAGGUGUGUCAGUUAAAGAGAUAGGCGACAAAAGGUAUCUUGUCACUUUUUAUCAUAUGGUG